AUGAAGGGAGUUUUCUCAAAUGCGAGUGCAAUAUCAAUUGCUGGAAAUUAUAGGCAUUGUGGUAGUAUUUCUGAAUUACAACUACCCAACUGCACCACCAAGAAACCAAAACUUAAAAUGCCCCUUUCACAUAUAUUAGCAAUUGUAGUAGCUUCUACUCUUGUUGGAGUAACCUUGGCCUCAUUCUUCGUAAUUUAUUGUUUUGGCUCUGUAUAUAGAGGAAUUCUUGAUCAGGAUUGGAAGUUAGUUGCCACUAUCAAAGUACUUAACCUUCAAAAUCGUGGAGCUAUCAAGAGUUUCGUGGCAGUGUGUGAAACCUUGAGAAAUAUUCGACAUCGAAACUUGGUCAGAAUCAUAACUUCUUGUUCCAGUAUUGAUUUUCAAGGAAAUGAGAAUGAGUUCAAAGCUCAAGUUUAUGGAUUCAUGCCUAAUGAGAGUCUAGAGAAGUGGUUGCAUUCAAGUCUGAAAACGAAUAAUCAGCAAAAUGAGGUCCGGAGACUCAACAUUCUACACAGAAUAAUCAUUUCCAUAGAUGUGGCCUGUGCACUCAAUUAUCUUCAUCACCAAUGCCCAACGCCAAUCAUUCAUUGUGAUUUGAAGCCAAGUAAUAUUCUUCUUGACCAUGACAUGGUUGCCAGUGUUGGAGAUUUUGAUCUAGCUAUAUUUUGCACAAAGCUCACAGUUAUAAAUCAAAGCAGUUCAAUUAGUAUAAGGGGAACCAUUGGAUAUGCAGCUCCAGGGAAGAGACCUACUGAUAGCAUAUUUGAGGAAGGCCUUAAUCUUCAUACCUUUUCUAGGAUGGCCUUGCCUGACCAUGUGAUGGAGAUUGUAGACCCAGUGAUCCUAAACAAUGAAGAAGAAGAGGUAGAAGCUAUUGUUGCAACAGCAGUGCCUCUUCUUCUUGUGGGAUAUGGUUUUGGAGGUUCAUUUGUUGCCCUUUUUGCUCAAUUGGGUGGUGGAAUAUACACAAAAGCAGCUGAUGUUGGAGCUAACCUUGUUGGGAAAUGUAACACCCCAAAUUUCUAG